AUCUACGUGGCAACAGCUUGAUUUUUAUUUCCCCGGUGAAUUGCUGCCAUUUUUUUUCUCGUCAUUUGUCGUCAUUUACUAAUGUUAUUGUAGAAUGUGUCAUUAAUCUGUAGUGUAAAAGUUUCGUUUAGUUUUUUAAAACAAAUUAAAACUAUAUUUAAUGCCUUUAUAUUAGAAAUGCACUGCAGCCAUGGGAGAUAGUGAUGAAGAAUAUGACAGGCGACGUGCUCGCGACAAAUUUCGUCGAGAACGAAGUGAUUAUCAAGAUAGAGGGCGAGAAGAACGAGGUCGAAGGGAUGAUUGGUCAGAAAGGGAAGGUAGAGGUAGCAGAAGAGAAUACAGAGAUUAUGAUCCACGUAACAGGCGGGAUCGGUACAGUCCAGCUCGUCAUGAAAUAAGUCCACCUAUGAAACGAAUGAGGCGAGACUGGGAAGAUCGAGGUGGUGGCUAUGGAAAUAACUUUGAAGGAAAUUUCCCUGGUGGUGGCAUGAUGGGAGGUGGAGGAAUGCAUGGUAGUGGUUGGGGUAUGCAUGUUGGUGGUGGAGGAAAUCAAAUGAAUCCCCAAAGGGAUGUCGAUGCAGGGAUCACUCAACCUCCGAUGAUGACUUUUAAGCAAUUCCUCUCUUCACAAGAUGAUGGGAUUGAUGAUCAGGAAGCUGUGAAAAAAUACAAUGAAUACAAAUUGGAGUUCAAAAGACAACAAAUCAACGAAUUUUUCAUGAAUCAUAAAGAUGAAGAAUGGUUUAAACUAAAACAUCAUCCAGAAGAAAGCCAAAAAAGGAAAGCUGAACUCCAUAUUGCUUUAAAACGCAGGCUUGAUGUCUUCAUGGAAUUAUUUGAGAAAGGUCUAGUGGAGAAUGUUAGUGUAGAUCAGGAGAAAACUGACCAGAUAGUGAAAUUUUUGGAUGCAGUUGUUAUCAAGUUGGAAGGAGGAAACGAUUUUGAUUUGACAGUCCUUGAUGCUCCUUAUGAAGAAGAAAAAACGAAAGAGACUAAUAGUAAUCAACCAUUCACAGGUUCUGAAAAGAAAGAUGAUGUGGACAUGGAUGAAAAGGUGGAUGAACCUAAAAAGUCCAAGAAAAAAAGAAAACAUUCCCACAGUUCCCAGUCUGGGGAGGACAGCUCGUCAGGAUCUGAAUCGGAGGUGGAAUCCUUACCCCCAGAAGAAAGUAGGGAUGACAAUGAAGAGUUGACUGAGAACGGCAUCAAAGAAGAACCAGUGUCUCCAAGGCCGGCAUCUAGAUCUGCUUCUGAGAAGGACAAAGAUGAUAGUUUAGACAAGUCUGAUAUUGUUGACAAAGAAGCUUUUCCAGACAGUGAAAAAGUUGAGACUGCAGAACCGGGGGGAGAAGAAGACGCAGAUAAAGCAACAGAUGCUGAAAAGGCUGAAGGAGAAGUGGAUGAGGAAUCAUCUGAACCAAAGCCAAGAGCACUUCAUAAAACUCAUUCUAUUUUUCUACGUUAUUUAGCCCCAUCUAUCACAAAACAAGAAGUAGAAGCAAUGUGUAAAAGAUUUCCAGGAUUUCUUCGGGUGGCCAUAGCUGAUCCACAAACAGAACGAAGGUUCGUGCGAAGAGCUUGGGUUACUUUCGAAAGAUCGGUCAAUAUUAAGGAGAUAUGUUGGAAACUUAAUGGAAUUAGGCUUCGCGACAGUGAGCUUGGUGCGAUUGUGAAUAGAGAUCUGAGCAGACGUAUUCGAUCUGUCAAUGGAAUAUCGUCACAUAAGCAGGUUGUUCGUGCUGAUAUAAAGUUAGCAGCGAGAAUUAUACAAAAUUUAGAUAAACAGAAGAAAUUGUGGGAAGACGAGGAAAUAAAGAAGGAAGAAUUGGAUGAAAGGGGUGUUCUGCUUUCAUCUAAAAAUCCUCUUCUGAAAAAUAUCACUGACUAUUUGAUUGAAGAAGCCAGCGCAGAGGAAGAAGAGCUUCUUGGCAUGGCUGAGAAUGAAGCUCGGGAUGGCGAAGAAGGAGGGUGCACUCUUGAGAGAGAUGAAUCCUUGAUCAAGGUGUUGGACAAGCUCCUUCUGUAUCUGAGAGUGGUUCAUUCGGUGGAUUACUACAACAGCAGCGAAUAUCCCAGUGAAGACGAGAUGCCCAACCGUUGCGGCAUAAUGCACGCCCGUGGUUCUCCUCCAUCCAGUAAGGUUACGCAGCAAGAGAUCAAUGACUAUAUUUCACACUUUGAGAUGAAGAGUCAGGUGUUCUUGCAAAAUCCAACCCAGCUAGAUGAAGAAGAAUGUGUGAAACUUGGCAAGAGGGAUCCAGACACUGAAGUGGAGAAAUUCAUACAGGCAAACACUCAAGAACUGGCCAAGGACAAGUGGCUGUGUCCUUUGUCAGGGAAAAAGUUCAAGGGUCCAGAGUUUGUCAGGAAACACAUUUACAACAAACAUGCUGAGAAGAUAGAAGACGUUAAAAAAGAGGUUAUGGACAAAAUUAUGGAAGAAAUCCUGAUAUGUAUAGAAAUAAUUUUGGAAAAAGAAAUUUUAAUCGAAGAAGUCCUCGUUCUGAUUCAAGAAAAAUGAUAAAUUACAGAGACCUAGAUGCCCCUGAUGAUUUGGACGUCUUUUAGUUGUGUAUUAUAUUUUAGUUUCAUUUAUUUGCUAUUUCAUGUCAGCACUAUCAAAUACCAUUGUUGUCAUUAAAUUUUUUUAUAUUUAA